AUGAAUGCUAAAACCCCCAAAAAAGAGGCCAAAAUUUUAUUUGGUGAGGUAAAUGUGGAAGAAUAUUGCAAGAAACAGGAAAUUUCGAUGGAGGAAAGCGAUCGGUUUGCAGAUGCAAGAGAUCAAGGAAUGAGCGUUGAAGACGUAUUUAAGAGAAUCAGACUUUCGAAAAACUGCUCAGACAUCUUUUCGGUAUUCUCUCUUGUCGAAGAACUACGUCAGGGGCUUCAGAGAAAGUCAGAGGACACCUUUUAUUUUGGCUUGAGGUUGGUGGUGUUGGACUCCAUUACACCAUUAUUCAUGCCAAUUUUGGGAGGAUGUGUGGAUGACAAAGCCAAUUCCUUUAUGACAAGUCUAACGCGGAUGCUUCGAAAUUUAGCCAGAGAGUACGACAUAGCCGUUCUGGUGACUAAUUCUGUUGAGAAUGUUCGAUCCACCACGAAUCCGAUGUCAGCCUUCGCCUCGACAACCAUGAAGCCUGCGUUAAAGACUACGUGGACGUAUAUGCCCGAUGUCACGUUAUUCCUCACCUUGGGUGAAGAUGUUGGAUUGAAGCAGCGUGUUUACGUUAAUCGACAAGGAAACGAAGUCUGGGGGCUGCCGAGAGUUUGUGAGGUUUUACGUUCGCAUACCGGGGGCAAAACGGAAUUCUUUCCAAUAUCAGAUGACGACUUCACCGCUCAAGUAACAGCCACAUGUUGUGAAGGCGAAGUGGACGAAAGGUGA